UGUGGUUUGGAUUCUCUGCUCUUUUGCGUUGCUUGGGAGUCUCUGUCCUGCUCUAUUGCUCUCCACAGCAUCUGAACCUUUUCCACUCUCUCUUUUUUCUUUUAUCCUCAUUCCCCUGCUCCCCCUUCUCUCUCUCUCUCUCUCUCUCUCUCUCUCUCAUGUUCUCCCCGUGUAUAAAAUCUCUGCUUCCUCUGAGAGCUUUGUGGCUGCACGCAGGCAGCAGGAGAGACACACAAACCACCUCAGUCUCUCUCCUCCUUCUUUCUCUGUUUCACACUCUCUCUCUCUUUCUCUCUCUCACAAACACACGCACACACACACACACACACACACACACAUGCACAGAUGCAAGGGUCUACCUGCCUGUUCACUUCACUCCUUGACAUCCACCCCGGAACUGUCAGGAGAAAUACUGCAGUGAGAAUCCCAGCAUCUCCGGGUUUUCCCUUCUCCUCGUCGUUCUCCCAGCUCUGUCGCUCCUUCCUCCUCGAGACGCCGCUGCCAUGAACCUGCCUUCUCCCCGUUGCUAAGGGAAGCGGAGCUGCGAGGAGCCCGACAAGGCGCUGAUUUCUCACUGAGCCCGGGGACCACAGACAUGGCUCAGGCGUCCCGGGACCAGGGGGGGGUGGGGACAGCCGACCCAGACGAGGACUCCCCCAACAUGAUUGUCUACAGAAAGAUCGAAGACGUGGUGAAACGUCUCCAGGACGAGGAAAUGGGGGUGCCCAUCCGCACGGUCAAGAGCUUCCUGUCCAAGAUCCCCAGCGUAGUCACGGGUACAGAGAUCAUCCAGUGGUUAUUGAAGAAUCUCUCCAUUGACGAUCCAGCUGAAGCGAUUCAUCUCGGCAGCCUCAUAGCCGCCCAGGGCUACAUCUUUCCCAUCUCCGACCAUGUGCUCACGCUGAAGGAUGAUGGGACAUUCUACCGCUUCCAGGCCCCGUAUUUCUGGCCCUCCAACUGCUGGGAGCCGGAGAACACGGAUUACGCCAUUUACCUCUGCAAGAGGACCAUGCAGAACAAAGCCCGACUGGAGCUGGCCGACUUUGAGGCGGAGAACUUGGCUCGGUUGCAGAGGGCCUUCGCGAGGAAAUGGGAGUUCAUCUUCAUGCAGGCAGAAGCCCAGGUCAAGAUUGACAGGAAGAAGGACAAAACAGAGAGGAAGAUCCUCGACAGUCAGGAGAGGGCAUUCUGGGACGUGCAUCGACCAGUGCCAGGCUGCGUAAAUACCACUGAGAUGGACAUCCGCAAGUGCCGGCGUGAGAAGAACCCGCAGAAGGUGAAGAAGUCAGUGUACGGGGUGACGGACGACACGCCGACUCACAGCCCAGUCCACAUGCCGUCCCAGCCCAUCAGGAAGGCAACCAAAGAAGAUGUGCAGAAGGAGAUAUCAUUCCUCAACACCCAGCUGGACAGACACUGCAUGAAAAUGUCCAAAGUCGCCGACAGCCUGAUGAGUUACACCGAGCAGUUCAUGGACUAUGACCCCUUCAUCUCAAUGCCAGAGCCCUCCAACCCCUGGAUCAGUGAGGACACCAUUUUCUGGGACCUGGAGGCCAGCAGCAAGGACCCCAGCCAGCAGCGGGUGAAGAAGUGGGGCUUCUCGCUGGAUGAGGCUCUCAAAGACCCUGCGGGCCGAGACCAGUUCCUGAAGUUCCUGGAGUCUGAGUUCAGCUCUGAGAAUUUGCGGUUCUGGCUGGCAGUGCAGGACCUAAAGCGGCGCCCCCUGCAGGACGUCCCCCGUAGGGCCCAGGAGAUCUGGCAAGAGUUCCUGGCUGAGGGCGCGCCCAGCUCCAUCAAUUUGGACUCGCACAGCUACGAGCGAACCAGCCAGAACCUCAAGGACCCGGGUCGCUACAGCUUCGAAGACGCCCAGGAGCACAUCUUCAAGCUUAUGAAGAGUGACAGCUAUGCACGCUUCCUGCGCUCCAACGCCUACCAGGACCUGCUGCUGGCCCGGAAGAAGCCUGAGAGUGAGCAGGGCCGACGCACCUCACUGGAGAAGUUCACCCGCAGCGUGGGCAAAUCGCUGACGGGGAAACGGCUGACGGGUCUCAUGCAGUCCUCUUGACAGGACUUGGACCUGGAAUAGCUGUCUCCACGCAGCGAGAGGAGCACUGGGGAGAUGGGGCUGUAGUGUGGAGGCGGAGGCCAGUGGGGGAGGAGCCGAACCGAGGCAGGAAACGGACUGUAGGUCUCUCUCACCCUCCUCGCUGUGCCUCACCUGAACUUCCAAGGUGAUAAGCAAUAAUUCACCAAUAAAACGGGACGACCGUGUCUUCAUGUCGUUUAAGGACAGAACUGGGACUGCUUUGUUUAAUAAAAUAUCCCUAUGUAUAAGCAUACAUGGACUCUAGUGCCAGCUUAUAAUCAAGAGAUGAAGACAUAUAACCCUGUUAGAUUUCAGCUUGGAGAGAUAACCGUGUCACAGGAUACAGUGUCAAGGCUCAAGGGCUUUGAUUUGAUCUGGCUAGCUGUGUCGCACUGGAAAGCAUCACAGGAGGUAAAGCCUGUUCAUUUCAGCACUGACCUACGGCAGCCACUAGGGGGCUGAAAAAAACUCAAAAAAAUCUAUUGCGUUUUGGUGCCAGAUCAACGUAUUGUUUGCGCCGUGUUCUUGCUGUGACAGAUUAAUGUUCAAAAAAAUAAGUCCUAUGAAGACAGUAAUGGUGAAAAGAUGGGUUUGUGUAUAAGCUGUAGUGCUGUUUUGUGUAACUGUGAAAAAAACAUUUAUCCAUCAUCAUCAUGCAAGGGGCCAGUCUCUGUUUAAACCCAAAAUCUCAGAGCCUUGGCCAUAAGGUCUCCCAAAAGAAAAUCCAGAUGUUCAUUUUCCACAGGGGUUGGCGUCAGCUCCUUGUUCACGCAAUGUACAAGUGUUACGUAUAAUCUUUUCUAGACCAAAAGAGCAAAGGUGUUAGGGGCCCCAUGGAUCGAGUGAUGCGACUCUGUAUGACUCUCACCUGCUGUCUCGUCUUGGAUAUUGUUUAAGAUUCCGCAAAUGGAUGGUGACCAUCAGUUCCACAGAGCUGCUUACUUCCAAAGAGGGAAAUGAUUUGUCAGGGAAAUCCAGUAAUGUGUUGUAAAUUGCGUGGCUGAGAUUAUUGAGACAACAAGAAUGCAGGACUUGUCAGUGACGUACUGCACGAGUUCCCCUUCUCCCCCAUCAUAAUGUAAAAACACUCCUGUGUGGUAGAAGGUCUCCUCUUGAGGAUGUCAUAUUGUCCUUCUCCUUCUUCACCCUCUAUUACACCCCAGGGUUCCUGUACACCGAUAGAAGAAACCCGGAAACUCCUGUUCAAUCUUCUUUUUUGGUGAUCGUAAAUAAAAGAUGAACGUAAGCCUUUUUCAGUUUAAAAGCCACAGGACGCCAACACAUUAAACUGUAGCGAUAAGUGACCAAUGUGCUGGUCUCCACGCCGGCGCUGACAGGUGUCAGGGUGUAGAAGCCUGUAUUGUGUUCUGCAUGUGUUCGCAGCAAGUCUGUCUAUGCUGCCGUGUAAAAUGCUUAUGUGUGUGUGUGUGUGUGUGUGUGUUUACAUGUGUCUGUGUUUCUUUUGCAAUCUGGCUGGAGAGUUGCUGGUGACUGGUUUUCAGUUUCCAUUGACAGAGCUCCCAAAACUGUGGUUUGCCUGCGUUAGCUGGCAACGAAUCGGCGACUACAGUGGACUGAACAGGAAGUGGCUGGUUGAACAGGAAGUGGCUGGUUGAACAGGAAGUAGUCUGGAAGGAAGCAUUUCCAAGCAUCACUGGGCCAUUAGUGUACCAUGGACUGCAUCUGCAUUUUCGCUCUAUGGCUCGAAACAUACAGCGGCUGGCUCCUUUGCUGCCCCCCCCCCCCCCCCCCCCCCCCCCCCCCCC